UCCGCCGGAUCAACUUAUCCUAUCGGCACUCUUCAAUUAGUUGAUGUUUACGAGGUUUUAAAAAUUUAUUGCUGGCGAUUAAGAAAAUUUAGGGGGAUAGUCCAAUUCGUUAUGGAAUCGUCGAGAUUUCCGCCUGGUAGUAAUUUCCAAAGUUGGUUGAAUCCUCUCGAUCCGACAGUGAUGUUGGCUGCCGCUGCUGCUGGAUCGGUGUGUGCCCCUCCGUCGAUCGGCCUGUCGGAUUCAGUUUCUUCUUCCACGUCGUCCAUCUCCGGUUCGUCACCUAACCGAUUCGCACCUUUGGUUUACCAACAUUUCUUUCACCAUUUGCCGCCCGUCCGAAAUCAGCAACAUUUCGAUCUACUGACGUAUCACGCCGCUGCCCUUCACCAACACUUGGCCGUGGCUGCUGCAGCCGUGUCCAACCGGACAUUUCAGCAAAGCCAACAGUUGCCCUCGUUAGUCACGAAUUCAAUGCCCUUUGCAGGAGUUUCCGCUACCGGCAUCCCGACUACGGACGAGGAGAGAUCCGCAAAAAAAUCGGCUUGUAUUGGUUACAGCGUAGCUGAUCUUCUGUCGGAUCAUCAACGACCAAACAGUUGCGAUCGCAUUAAUAACACAUCGCCCGAGCGUUCAGAAAGUGAGCUGGAUAUCUUAUCCGAAGGUAAUAGUAGUACGGAAGAAGACCUUUUCCAAGAGCCAAAUCAACACAUAUAUCCGGCCACCAAUUCACUCGGUUGCGGAGAGGGUUCCGACCGAGGAGUCGAUUCGUUUGGUGCAGCAGGAUCAGCAGUGGUUGUUACAUCAUCAGACAGUUCCAUUGAUGCAACGCUUUCUAAUGGAAGUGGUAAUAACAAGAAUAGGCGAAGGAGGACGGCUUUUUCUACUCACCAGCUGAUCGAACUGGAGCGUGAAUUUCAAGCUAAAAAGUACCUUAGCUUGACAGAGCGCUCCCAAAUCGCUCAUCAACUGCGCUUGUCAGAAGUGCAGAUCAAGAUAUGGUUUCAAAAUCGUCGAGCUAAAUGGAAACGAGUCAAAGCCGCUUUAGUUACAGGUGGAUCGUCCCGGAUGAAUGGCGGAGGCCAGCAUUCCAACAACCAGCACCACUCACAGUCGCUUUCGUACCAUCAGCAAUUGCAUUCAGAUGGCAAUCAUCAUCACCCGCCACAGCAAAAAUUAGUGGUCCCCAUUCCCGUGCAUGUCAAUCGAAUCGCACUCCGCUCGCAACAUCAACAGAUGGAGAAAAACCCUAGCGGGACUGCCAUCAGUAAUAGUGCUGUCGCCAUUCAACGACAACGCCCAUCACCUGUGACAGAACUGAACCUAUCGUCAGCCUCACCAUUCCGCUCCUCUGGAUCAACCCUAUUUCGUUCACCGUCUCACUCCCGGUCGGUUUACCCGUCCGACCCAGGCUCCUCACCGACGGCCGUGGAUCCCUCGGUUUCUAAUACAAUUUAGUAAUUUUUUUUAUUUUUUUAUUUUGUGUGUACAAUGAAAUACUCAUAAUUAAUCGUAACUGAUUUAUUUAUCGCGGGAGUUGAAUUCGAGUUUUUUUUUGUACC